GUUAAAUGAGUUUGCAAAGGCCUGCUGCGUGUCCAGGGAGUGGGGUGCUCAUUGUGGGAGAAUGUUCGGUGCCGUCUGCCCGCCGGCCAAGAUGCUCCUUCGCUGGCCUGCCUGUGCCGUUGGAUGUACGAAGCCUUGGCGACGGCCGGUCCUUCUCUUCUGCACCGCUCUAAGUGAAGAGACUCCACCAACUCAGCGUAACCGGACAAAAUGGUCUUCUCUCGCCUGGCCUUCGUCGCGGUGGUCUUCCUCGCCAUACCUGCCCCGCCAUGCGCGGCUGACUGCGACGCCGAUGAGUUUGAGGUACGCUGCCCGCCACAUCCGUCCAUCCGUGUCGUUUUGUGUGCUGUUUGGCUAUGUUUGGCAGGACGAUGACGGCUGCGAACGUGCGUGAGUUCCACAAUACUGUACAGUGGCAGGCACACGCAUGACUGUGUUGUUCGUAUUGUUUGAAUCAUGCAAGGCAUCAUCGCGGGCAAUCCCGAACUCUUCCAAGAUGGCACCGGUGACGUCACUGCGGAGAGGUAUGUGAAGGCCAAUACCGCUGUUUUGUCGGACGGCACCGUCGUUGCAAGCGACAACGUCCGAUCUUCUAGGAACAUCAUUGCCCAGGGUGAGCUCCAUCGCACAAUGCACUAUUACUUCACUUAAGAUGACGACUGCAUGUAACGUGCAGGCACCAUUGAGGCGGGUAAUCCCAGCGAGUUCACUGAAAACGACGGCGACGUCAAGGCAGAAACCGAUGUCGAGGCUGAUCGGAGUGUCCGAGCUGGUAUCGACGUCAUUGCCGAAGACGACGUCAUUGCAAGAAACAACGUCAUUGCUGGCUCUGGUACGGGUGUCAUUGCUGACGGCGUGUGUCUGUAUUGCAAGCAGCGUUGCCAUGAAUGUAUUAUAGGUUCGGACUUCGACGGAGAAGUGAUCGGCGACAGUAAGCUCCAGGCCAUGUACCGACGAGUUCUUGUGACAAUGGUGGCUUGCUUGUGCAUCAGGCAUACGGACAGGCCAGCCAUCUGAACGGGAGGUUCGCAGAGGUGACAUCGGCGCGACAGCAGACCUGCAGGCCGACGACACAUGCUACUGCCCACAAGCGGUGACGAGACGCGCUUUUGCGCAUUCAUUCGAGGUCCGAGGCAACGACAGCGACCGUCCCUCGACACCCAUGGCUGAGUGGGGCGAUCGAAAUCGGUCGAUGGCGUACGAGGCCUUCAGACAGCUUCGUGUGCGGACUGGCGGCGAUGCUCGGCUUGGCCUGGCCGCCAAGGAGGUCCAAAGAUUGUUCCCAAUGGCCGUCAGGACGCUCCUGCCAGACGACGAUGGCGAUGAUGAUGCUGAAAGUGAGGCGGAGAAGAACGGGGAGAUGACCAUCGACCUCACUCAGCUGCUCUACACACAAAUGGCCGUCAUUCAAGACCUCAUCACCGAGAAGGAAGACCUCCGCAAGACGACUGGCGGCUUGACCAAGCGGCUUGAUCAGCUGGCCAAGGCUAACAAGGGGCUGAUGAAGGCGAAUGAGGCCAUGAUGGGUCGCAUGGCUCGUCUGGAGCAAGGCAGCAGUAAGAGCGAAAGCAAUGAGCCGUCUGGUCCGAUUGAGGCACUGCAGAAGAUGGCCAAGGGGCUCCUGGCGCCGUGACGAAUUUUUCGUUACUUUGGGAGUGUUAUGUGUAUGUGUGGCUGUGUGUGUGGAGUGGUCGAGUGUGGAGUGCCGGGCGAUUUUCUCGUGUGGUGGGGAAGACGUGCAGGGGUGUGGAUCCGUGUGCUCUUGUCCAAAGGGAUCGAAGGCACUGAAGCGCUGCGUGGGUGCUUGUGCUUGUGGAAUGGCUCUGCUCUCAGUGGAGAAUGAAAGACUGCGCGAGGGGGUGCGUGUGUGCGUCUCUGUUUCGUCUGUUGCACGUGGGUGCUUGACCCUAUGUGAUAUGCUCAGUGCAGAACGCUGCACGGUAGACUUCAUACGUAAGCCCUGUGUGUGUGUGUGUAUUGUGUGUGCGGGAGAGAAUGAUUGAGAGGGAUCUUAUGAAUUCAAUGGUAAACAAAUCCACUCAGUGUGAAGAGUGGUGUGAAGGGCUGCAGUCAGUCAGUCAGUCGGUCUCCGUGUCCUUCCCUCCCCUCCCACACACACACACAGGCCUCGUUCACGCACAAUCGUCCGCAACGUACAUGUCCACACAACACCCCUGAAGGCCGACAGACACACACACACCUCUCUCCC